AUGGCGUCCUUUGUGCCGGAGCGUGGCCCGUCCCCCCCCGUCUGCAGACGCUCGCUGCCCCAGCAGGAGCUCCCGUCUCUGGGCCUCGACCCGUCCGACUUCAGCCUGUACGGCCCUCCGUCUCCACCUGCGUCCAGCCCGUCGGCGUGGCUCCAGCCGGCCCACAGCUGCAGCUUCGCCGCAGGAUGUGCACCGGGGCUGCCCCCACCCUUCAGGGACUUCCACCCUCAUCUCUACGGGCUCCAGAGGAGCAUGCCCUGGUUCUCCCAGGACGAGAUGCUGAGCUCGGUCCGCCCGCCAUACUCUUACUCUGCCCUCAUCGCCAUGGCAAUAAAGAGCGCUCCAGAGCAGCGGCUGACCCUCAGCCAGAUCUACCGGUACGUCUCGGACAACUUCCCCUUCUACAGCCGCAGCAAGGCCGGCUGGCAGAACUCCAUCCGCCACAACCUGUCGCUCAACGACUGCUUCCAGAAAGUUCCCCGGGCCGAGCGCGAUCCAGGUAAAGGGAACUACUGGACUCUGGACCCGAACUGUGAGAAAAUGUUUGACAACGGAAACUUCCGCCGCAAGAGGAAGAGGAAGAACGACUGUGAGACCAAUCAGAAGAAAUCUUCCUCCUCUUCAUCAUCACCGUCCUCCUCAGAGCCCAGCCCAAAAAUUCCCAGUGUGCACAGCAACAGCGGUUACAGCACGGAGCCGCCGCCUCUCUCAGACGCUGCGUCCAACCUCAGCAGCUUCCUCUGCCACCUCCAGGACUCCCUCUUCCUCGUCCCUCCUCUUCCUCCCUCCUCUGUGCCUCACAUGAAGUUACCAGAGCAGGCCUCCCCGUCGCCUCAGGGCUACACGUCUUCUUAUUCGCCCGGUGCCGUGGUGCCGCAGUGGGACACCAGCUGCUCCUCUCCAUCCUUCUACACCUCGCCGCCUCCUCUCUUCUCGCCCUCCCAGGCCAGUCCUUUUAACUUCUGCCCGCUCCCUGACCCUCAGACUGGCUCCCCGUCACUCUACACUGAGCUGCAGACGGCGUCCUGUCCUCAGGUGGAGCUCCAGGAGACGCAGCAGCUGCAGCAGCUGCAGGCCCAGAGCCAGCCUCUGUUCUCGGGGGGCUUCAGUGACUCUCUGCCCCUCGACUCGCUGGUCCUCCAGCACUGA